UCAACAGGGCAGGAGGAAGAGGUGUCCGGCUGCGACUCUUCACGUUUUGACCCGUCCGGGUUUCGCCCUAAAUAUCCCUCCCGAACCCUGCUGGACUUCGGAUGAGAGUCGAGCUCCGGUUGACUGAUCUUUGUUGGUAUCUGCAAAGCAGCUGAAUGAGUCUGGAUCUGACAGAAAUGAAGAAUGGCUCUCACACGCUGCCACCUUUCUCUUCGUCUCCCGCUGCUCUCGGAGGCUCUCUGACCUUGACCUCCUCACCCCCGUCUCUCCCUCUGUCACCCGUCUCGUUCCCUCCCUCCCCCACCUCUCUGUCUCCGUCUGCAGCAGAGUCCGUUCGUUCGUCCUCUCCUGUUUCAGACCUUAUCGCCUCUCAAUGCCUCGAAGGACACGACCUGGGACAGGGGGACACGUCCGACCAGGAUGACCUGACCUGUCUGAGCUGGCUGCACCAGAGGGGCGACCUGCUGCCUCUGCAGCCUCUGACCAAAGUGACCCCAUUACCUCAGCGACAGCCCGGGCAGCUUUCUCCUCCUGCGGCGGCCUCCUCCAAGCCACCGUACUCCUUCAGCAGUCUCAUCUUCAUGGCGAUAGAAGAUUCUCCUCAGAAGAGGCUCCCGGUGAAGGAAAUCUACGGGUGGAUCGUGAGCAACUUUCCGUACUACAGGACGGCCAGCGGCGGCUGGAGGAAUUCGGUGAGACACAACCUGUCGCUGAGCAAGAGCUUCCGUCGCAUUCAGAGGGACAAGAGCCAGUCGGUGGGAAAGGGGUCGCUGUGGUGUGUGUGUCCAGAGUAUCGGCCGGCGCUGCUGGAGGGUCUGAGGAAGACCCACAGCUAUCACGGCACCAGCAGCUGUCUGAUCAACAAGCCGACACUGUUAGAUGGAACCAGCUACGAGGUGCCUGCUGUGUGCGACACGGUGGAGAUCUCAGACUCUCUUUCUCAGGCCCUGCUCCUUUCGAGUUCCUCUCCCCAAAUGCACACGCCUUUCUCCGAAGACCUCCCGUGCCCUUUGACCCCGGAUCACGAGGAGCUGGUCACCAUGGAGCCGCACGUAUACCAGCCACAUGAAGUCAGCGAAGACACCGAAAAGGACCCGCUGGCCGACAGCGGCUACAUCGAGCUGCAUUACUACGAGUCCGACCAGUGCCAGUACCUGGUGCUGCCCAGCGAGUCUGAACUGGACCUGGAGACUGUGGAGAUCCUGCAGCUGGAUGUGGAGGCCCAGGAAGCAGCCGGGUCCCUGUUGGACCUGGCAGGUGGCGUAUAUUAGCUCGAUUAACCCAGAUGUUUCAGUCAUUAACACGUGUUUCCCCUUAGACUUUAUUAUAUUAUGAGAUAUUAAAAUGGAAAGGAAUAAAGUAAAAAUCCUCCUGUA